AUCUCGUCUUCUUAAAAAGGUUUCAAUAAAUAAAAGCCCCGUCGAGAAACAGUUCUCUUCGUAUGAAGUAGCUCGAUCUAUCCGCUCAAAUCGAAGAAACUUUUGUGCUCAUUCAAUUCAAUCGUUGAAGAGAAGGGGAGGAAGAAAAGCAAACCUAUGCGAGGUGAGUUGGUGAUGUAAACAAUCUGAUGUUCUCCUAGGAAACAGGGAAGGAUGCGAUAGGAGAAAUGAUAGAAAUAAUGAAAAGAGUUUAACUUGAUCGAUACUAAGGAGAGAAAAGAAAUUGAUAGCUACUGGAAGUUAGUUUCUAUGAACGGGAUUUGAAGGCAAAAACUGUUGAAAUUUUCAGCAAAGAGGAAGUAGAUAUACAAGAAAUAGAAACUAUGGAUUGUGGGGGUUGGUUCCUCCUAGCUCUCUACCAACCAUAGUAUCAGAUCUGAAGAUCAACUGAGACUCUUCUCCCUCUCUUUUUUUCAUUAACAAUGAUCAAUUCAAGCACAUGGACAUUGAUAUCGAACACAUGAUGGAAUCCUCAACGCUGCCAGGGAGCUCAGAUGGGUCUAACCCAAACAGCUCAAGUCUUGUAUCUCGAGUGAGGAAGCUUCUGUUUCGCAGGAUGCUGGUAGGAAUUAAAGAUGGGCGCUUUUUCUUGGGCAUGUUUCAUUGCAUUGACAAGCAAGGGAACAUCAUUCUGCAAGAUGCAGUAGAAUAUCGAAGCACCCGGCGGUCCUCUCCUUCGCCAAUGGAACAGCGGUGCCUAGGCCUUAUUCUUAUCCCUUCCUCUUGCAGAACUUCAUGUCAUGUAGAUUGCUCCAUUGAAGAACAAUUGUCACUGUUAAAGUUUCAGGAGUAGAGAGCAAUUUUGGAUUCCACACCUUUCUCCUUAAAACCAGUAUGAUUCCUGGUUUGUAGAACUAGCAUACCUGCUAGAAUUUAGAUGCAGAGAUUUGUCUUUCCUUUGGGAAUUGUCUUGUAUAUGCACCAUUCACGUGAUUGCAAUUAAUGACUUGAUAGUGGAACAAUUUCAGCUUUAAAUUUGUUUUCUUUUUCGAAGCA